UUGUAGGAACGCAAAGCCCUGUGUACUCUUCCGCGGGGAGGGGGGGGGGGGGGUGGUCGCGGUUGUUUCUGGGAAAUGUAGUUGCCUAGGACCCGAGUUCUCUGUUUCUCGGCUCUGGGCGUGGGAGGAUAUAGCCCUAUGCUCUGGCGCACCGGGCCGCGAUGGCGUCUGGGAAUUGUAGUUGUCCCAGGUCCUCGUUCUUUGUCUCCUGGCGUUCUGGGCACGGCAGCGAGGCGCUCUGGGAGUUCCAAUAGGAACAAAAAGCCCUUGCGCGAAGGGCCGCAUUGGUUUCUGGGAAUUGUAGUUUCUUGAGGCCCGCGGCCUGGUUGGGGUGACGUCCGCGAGGCUUCUGAAGACGCAAUUCCUGCGGCGCCCGCAGUGGGGCCCUGGGGGGCGGCGCUGAGCGUCUGGCCUGUGUUGGCUGUAGGCAAGGAAAGGAGCCCGCCCGGUCUGCGCCAGAUGGCCCCUGGCGGUGACUCGGUCCGGAGCCCCGGAACGCUACGCCCACCUGGCGAAAAGCACCACGGAAACGCGCCGUCCUGUGGCCACUGUUAGGUCUGCCAUUUUACACUUUUCUGAUCUCCUCCGUCCCUUCUGUGAGCUAUGUCUCAGGGGUUAGUGACAUUCAGAGAUGUGGCCAUAGACUUCUCCCAGGAGGAGUGGAAAUGGCUUCAGCCUGCUCAAAGAGAUUUGUACAGAUGUGUAAUGUUGGAGAACUAUGGCCAUCUGGUCUCACUGGGUCUUUCCAUUUCUAAGCCAGAUGUGGUUUCCUUACUGGAGCAAGGGAAAGAACCCUGGCUGGGGAAAAGGGAAGUGAAAAGAGAUCUGUUUUCAGUUUCAGAGUCAAGUGGUGAGAUCAAAGACUUUUCAGCAAAAAAUGUCAUUUAUGAUGACUCAUCCCAGUAUUUGAUCAUGGAAAGAAUUCUAAGUCAAGGCCCUGUGUAUUCCAGUUUUAAAGGAGGCUGGAAAUGCAAAGAUCAUACUGAGAUGCUGCAAGAAAAUCAGGGAUGUAUUAGGAAAAUAACAGUCUCUCAUCAAGAAGCCCUGGCUCAACAUAUGCAUAUCAGUACUGUGGAGAGGCCCUAUGGAUGCCAUGAAUGUGGAAAAACUUUUGGUCGACGCUUUUCCCUGGUGUUACACCAGAGGACUCAUACUGGAGAGAAACCAUAUGCAUGUAAGGAAUGUGGCAAAACCUUUAGCCAGAUUUCAAACCUUGUGAAACAUCAAAUGAUACAUACUGGAAAGAAACCCCAUGAGUGUAAGGACUGUAAUAAAACAUUCAGUUACCUUUCAUUUCUUAUUGAACACCAGAGAACGCACACUGGGGAGAAACCUUAUGAAUGUACUGAGUGUGGAAAGGCCUUUAGCCGUGCCUCCAACCUCACUCGACAUCAGAGAAUUCACAUAGGAAAGAAACAAUAUAUAUGCAGGAAAUGUGGGAAAGCAUUUAGCAGUGGCUCAGAACUCAUUCGCCACCAGAUUACACAUACUGGAGAGAAACCUUAUGAAUGUAUUGAAUGUGGGAAGGCAUUUCGCCGUUUCUCACACCUUACUCGACAUCAGAGCAUCCAUACAACCAAAACCCCCUAUGAAUGUAAUGAAUGUAGGAAAGCUUUCCGUUGUCACUCAUUCCUUAUUAAACAUCAGAGAAUUCAUGCUGGAGAAAAGCUCUAUGAAUGUGAUGAAUGUGGUAAAGUUUUCACUUGGCAUGCAUCCCUUAUUCAACAUACGAAGACUCAUACUGGAGAGAAACCCUAUGCAUGUGCUGAAUGUGAUAAAGCCUUCAGCCGGAGCUUUUCCCUCAUUCUACAUCAGAGAACUCAUACUGGAGAGAAACCAUAUGUAUGUAAGGUAUGCAACAAAUCCUUCAGCUGGAGCUCAAACCUUGCUAAACAUCAGCGGACACACACUCUUGACAACCCCUAUGAAUAUGAAAAUUCAUUUAAUUACCACUCAUUCCUUACUGAACACCAGUGAAUUUACACUGCAAAGAAAAGCUGAAUGUAUGGAAUUUUUUUAAAAGAAGUAUAAUGCCUUACUUUUACUUCAGAGAACUCUUGGAAAGAAGCCUUAUGUGAAAGUGAUGACUGUGAAGUAAUAUGGCCCACACUUUAUUCAGCACCUUGGAGAAAAAAAAACCCAGGAAUAUGUGGAAAAGCUGUUAAUAACCACUCUUUUUUUUUUUUUUUCAAUAACAAGGUGAAAUCAAUAUUGUUGAGAAGAUUCUUCCAUCUGGUAAUGUUGAGAAGACUUCAUUUGGUAGGAUUCCCUUACUUUAUGUGUGUAAAUUCCUACCAAGAAAGAAUACAUAUCCAAUAGAUUGGAGAAAGCCAGAGAUUAGCUCUCAUUCCGCAUCUGUCAACCAGGACAGAAUGCAUGGGCAAGGGAUGAGCUUUACAAAGAUGCACUUUGGAGAUCAGAAAAUUCAUGUUUAAGCAAAGUGAUACAAACACAGUGAUUUGGGAAUGCCUUCAUUUAUAAUGCAAUACUUAAAUUUUAAUACUCUUGUGGGAGAAAAAGCAACUGUAUAAAUGAAUGUAGAGUGACUUUCUGCAAUAUUUCAAACCUAUAUCAGAGAAUUACACUGUGGGAAAACUACCAUUGUAAAGAGUGUAGCAAAAUCUCCUUAGAUAUCUGAAAAGUCAUACUGGAUGGACUCUGUAGGAAAGGGUUCUAUUUUGAGGGAAGGGGGAUUCCUUUUUGUUUUUUAAGUGAAUUCAGAAAAUGUUAUAAAUAAAUUUUUUGGUUUAUUAUAAA